GUGACCAGCGAAUUUUAUCCAUGGAAUUAAGGAAAUUGUAAAGUUUGACGGUUUAGAAAAAUCAACAUUGUUUUGAAAUUUUGGAAUUUAAUUGAACUUUGUAAUAGUUUGUAUGCUGUAUUAGGACUUGUUAUCAUGAGGCAUUUUAUAUCCUUAGUACCGACUUAUAUGAUGUGUGUAUUAUUAAUAGGAAUUACGAAUGGGGACCAUUUAUCAAGAAACAGAACCUCUGUAAGAAUAAACACAAGAAGAGUAGGAACAGAAAUCCCAUCAAACGCUGUAAAUACACGGAGAAUCAAUACAGAAAUCCAAAGGGGCCGUAACGAAAUCUCUCUACCUACAAAUACAACCGAGACAAAUGGUCGAAUUGAGGGAACAAAUAGACUGAACAGCAGAGUUACUAAUGGUGUGGCACGUGACGGAAGUAGCGUCAUUUUAACCCCCGUACAAGAGGGUGCAGUCCAGUCGUUAAGAACCAUGUUGCAAAGUGGAAAAGCACGAGGAACUCCUAGAUUAAUAGGUUUCUUAAUUCCAACAUCUAAUGGGCGCACAAGGUUACGACUUAUGCCAGCCUACUUGGUUCGUGGCCCUGAUGGUCGUGACAGCCUAAGGCUAGAGUAG